UUUGGGCUCCUUGGGUACUAAUAGGCCCGCGUUGUAAGAAGUACAGCGCCUUCUCCCAUAAGGGAGGAAAUUCAAAAUGGCGGACGAAGUKGAAGAAAAUGUCACUGAACACUUGGAAAUCAUCAAAGCAAGACAUAAAAAGGAAAACAAGGAACUUCUGGCAAAGAUACAAGUAUUAAAACAUUCGAUCCCAAAAGGAGACAAGAAGAAAAAGAAAGCAGUGGCUCUUGAUAUCGCUAAACUAGAAGCAGAACAAGAAGAAAGACAURAAAAGGAAGUUGAAGAACUCCAAAUACAAACAAAGACUUCAAAUUCAGAGUCRGACAUUUCAUCAAGACUACAGGAUACUACUAUCUCCACCGAGCCAGAAGAAAUUGGCAAUAAAUCAUCACGAGCUGAAAAACGAAGGGCCAAAAAAGCAGCCAAGGAACAAGAAAGAGAACAAAGAAUAGCAGAAGCAGAGUUAGAAAACGUGAACUGUGCCCGUAAUAUCGAAGCAGAAAAAAUGAAGAAUAUUUUACAAGAAAGGAAUUUACAAAUACUUGAGAUAACUCCUGAUGGACACUGUUUAUAUAAUGCUGUUGCAGAUCAGCUAAGAAGAAGAAAAUUGGAGUCUGACUAUCAGCAGCUAAGGAAACAAGUUAGUGAAUACAUGCUGACUCACAGCAGUGACUUCCUUCCAUUUCUUGUUCAUCCACAAACUGGAGAAAGUUUCACACAAGAUGAAUUCACGAAUUAUUGUCAGGACAUAGCAUCAACAUCAGCCUGGGGAGGUCAUUUGGAACUACAAGCCUUGUCACAUAUUCUUCGGAUGCCCAUUGAGGUGGUCCAGGCUGAUGCAUCGAUCAUUAGAAUAGGAGAAGAGUUUGACACAAACCCUUUAUUAUUGUCUUACCACCAUCAUGCCUAUGGGCUUGGAGAGCAUUAUAACUCACUCAUCCCUGUAACUAGUGAAGAACAACAGAGCUACUAGCAAACGUGUAACAAAUAAAAUACAAAUAAAAUACAUUGUGCUAUGCCCUGCACCUAUGGUCUUGGAGAGCAGUAUUAAUAACUCACUCAUUCCUGUAACUAGUGAAGAACAACAGAGCUAGAAAACAUGUAACAAUAAUAAUAUAAAUAAAAUACAUUGUGCUAUGCCCUGUACCUAUAGGCUUGGAGAGCAGUAUUAAUAACUCACUCAUUCCUGUAACUAGUGAAGAACAACAGAGCUAGCAAACAUGUAACAAUAAUAAUAUAAAUAAAAUACAUUGUGCUAUGCCCUGUACCUAUGGGCUUGGAGAGCAUUAUAACUCA